GAAGACACAAGGCGUCACGCAAACUAAGACAAACGACUCUCAAGAAGACUUUAACACUGUUGAUGAAAAACGUCCAUCUCCUUCGAAAAACCGGGAAAUCGUAUAUAUGAAUUCAGAAAACAAGAAGCCGCAAAUACGUUCAAAUUUGAGUCAUGGGGCUGAAGUUGAUGAGUACGAGCGGAUUCACUCAGAACAUCCUUACAGAAACGAUUAUUUGAAUGAGAUGGUCAUACCAGAUAUCCAUUUAGAUAAACUGGAGUCAAAAAUUUGGGACGAAAGAGAAAAUAAUGAUGAUGGAUUUAUGCGAGAGUACGCAACUUUACCUUAUGGAGAACAAUAUAGUUGUGAAGCAGGAAAGAAGGGGGGAAAUGAGGCAAAGAACAGAUUUAAAACAACGUUUCCAUAUGACCAUUCAAGAAUAAUUCUGAAAACUGGAGUGGAUUACAUUAAUGCCAAUUACAUUGAGGGAGCUGAAAGAAAUAAAGAAUAUAUCGCAGCACAAGGACCAAAAGAAAACACCAUCAGUGAUUUCUGGACCAUGGUUUGGCAGGAGAAUGUCUCUGUUAUUGUAAUGGUGACAAAUCUAGAGGAAGGAGAUGUGAAUAAAUGUGCAAAGUACUGGCCAGACCCAGACAAACACAGUCGAUACAGAAAUGUUUCCAUAAAAAUGGUUGAAGAAAAACAUUACGCAUUCUACACUGUACGUAAACUGACCGUGAUUCACAAAGAGACGAAGAAUACGCGCUUGUUGACGCAAUACCAAUACACCGCCUGGCCUGAUCACGGAACUCCUGAUCCCCUUUGUCUAGUGGUAUUCCAUAAUCACGUGACCAGAACAAAGACUAAUCAGAUUAACUCUCCAGUCGUCGUACACUGCAGCGCUGGCAUAGGCCGAACUGGAACAUACAUUGCGUUAGACAUCCUGGAUAAGUUGGGAAGAAAGAGGGGGAAGGUGAACGUCGCGGAAUGUGUCAAAAGGAUGAGAGAAAACAGAAUGAACAUGGUCCAGACCUACGAACAGUACAUUGCAAUAUUUCUUGCGUUAAAUGAAAUAGUCAAAUCUCCAAUUGAAAUCAGCACAGUAGCGGAGUUUACUACUCGGGCAGUAACCAUGACUACUGAUAAACUGACCAAUCAGAGCUUGCUACGUAAAGAAUUUCAGCGUUUACAGAAAAUUCGACCCAAAUACACCUCCCUUGACUACAAACUAGCCAGAGAAAGCCGAGGAGACAUUUCCACACAUGAUAUUCUGCCAUUGGAUACAAAUAGCGUUUUUCUCUCAUCCGCUGUACCCCACCGUGGAAAUUUCAUCAACGCCAUUGCUGUACCAUCGUAUACAAACAGUAAAGCGUUCAUAGUGACCCAGUUCCCACAGAGAGAGGAUGCUGUGGACUUCCUGCGUCUCCUGGUGGACCACGAAUCGGACAAUGUAAUAUGUAUGAAUCCACUGAAAGACAUUGGAUCGACUGCGGCUUGGUUACCACCACGUCCCUCCUCUUCAAAGUCCCUCUCCCCGUACACGGUUCACUAUAAAUCAAAAUCCGGAUCUGACGUCAUCAGCACUUAUAUCGAUAUCCUUCAUAGUGAAGAAAAGGUUCACAAAGUGGCAAUCAUCGAACCUAAGAUCAAUAUCAAGACAUCCGGCUCUUCUACAGAUACCUCCCAACUCCGCAGUCUGGUGACCGCUGCUCUGGGUGCGAAUACACAGCAUCCUAUCACGAUCGUUAGCAGCAAUGGUGCUUAUCUGUGCGGAGUUUUCUGCACCGUCCACAACGUGAUUCAGCAGAUCGCCCUGGACGAUGUCGUCGAUGUGUUUACAGCCGUACGUCAGCUUCACACCAGAAGACCUCAGUUUUGUGCAAACCUCGAUGAGUACAGACUGGUCGUCAAGGCAGUUUCUGAUCACAUUCAAAGCUCCACUGAAAACAUUUAUUAUAACCAGUAGACCGUUGAUCCUUAGUGUUGGGUGUGCUUUAAAGCCGAGUGGAUUACGAAAUAGUCAAAUUUGCGUUAAACCAUAAUUUACUUUAUUAGAAACGCUUGUGCAUAUUCGAUUUUGUCGUUGCAUAAUAUCAAUAUGUUCGUAGAUUUUACUAUUCAAUAUCAUAUAUUGACUGCGAGUCAAGUAGUCACCAUUGUACAAAUACCAUAGACAAUAAUAAACGUAAUCAAAGUCAAGAAAACCAUAAAGCUUAAUAACAUUAUACAUGUUAUUUCAUGGAGUAAUAUCCCAUAUUUAAACUAGCAUUAUCACAAAAUUAUUUUAGCAUUGUGAAAUAUAUUUCAAACAUGCCUAUUGCUACAACGAAUCCACCGUAUGUAUACGCACAGACCGCGUGACUGUUGCUAUCAUUUCAUCCUAUGUUUUUCAGGUUUUUCGGCAGUGCUUUUUGUUUUCAAUUUAUCAUUUUAAAAUGUUGUCUUGGCUUAUAUACAUGUUUUUUUUAAACAUUUACAUUCAAACACAUUGCAUAUCGAAGGAUUUUGUUUUCACUGUUUAGUAAUUUGGUUGUGGAUAUUCAACAUACUACUGCUUUAUUUGUUUUACAUGUUUAUUCAAGGAACUGAUGUGUAUGGUAUUUUUACAUUUUACGCUUACUUGUUUAAAAAGAAUAUACAAAACGGCCAUUUUAUUAUCUUGUGUUUUAUAUAUCAUAUUUGUAAUAAAAGACGAUAAACGGUGAAA